GUCCUCCGGCGUCUAGAGCUGCCAUGUGGCGCGCGCCGGAAGCGGCCCUGAGGCCGGAAGUGGGCCUAGAGCGCCGCGGGCCCGAGAUGAAGCCGGCCGUGGACGAGAUGUUCCCCGAGGGCGCCGGGCCGUACGUGGACCUGGACGAGGCGGGAGGCAGCACCGGGCUCUUGAUGGACUUGGCAGCCAAUGAAAAGGCCGUUCAUGCAGACUUUUUUAAUGAUUUUGAAGAUCUUUUCGAUGAUGAUGACAUCCAGUGAGAUGACCUCUGGCUGCAGGCAGGGCCAGGCCCUUGGUACAGAGUCGCAGUGUGAGCCUGCACAGGACAGUUUCAGGUGGUUUUAAAGAACUUGGAUAUCCGUUGAAUUUAGGACCUGGUUAACCAAGAAAGAUAAGAAUGUUCUUCACCACCUAGAUGAGGCUGUUCGUCUCUGAACAUGACCAGGUUGUGUCCUCACUCCAAUUAAAAGAAAGCAACGUCACAU